GAUCAUCGGAGGGACUUUCUGAUGGCGAAAAUGCGCAUUUUUGACCCAAAAUACCGGGUGCGACGCAUCAAAUGACGCUAGAAUUCACUCAAGGUGCCGAUUCCGUGCGAAAAUACCCGAGUUUCGGACUUUUUCGACCAUCCUCAGACAGGUGGGGGUAGACAUUGCACCAAAAAAAACAGCGCCGCCCAUUUUUAGGAAAAUAGCAAACGUUUAAUCUUACCUGCCGCUCUAUUUACAACAUCAGCAGCGGUCCUGCUACGACUUGGACAGGGUUUUCAUGGUGCUGCGCACCUUCUUCAGCACGUCGCUCAUUUGCUCGUACUUGCCGGUGGAGUUGGGCAGAUUUUCGAAAUCAAUCACCGCACUGACGCCCUUCGUGAAAUUGUCGGCGGCCGGCAGGCGCGUGAACGAGUUCUCGCUCUUCAAAAUGGGCGUGCCGAAGACGCUCUCUCGCACGCUGUGCCGCGCCGACUCGUCCGCCCCUGCGGGCUCGGUGGCAAGCCGGCGAUCCUGAGCCAGGCGGCCGCCGCCCUCCGGGAGCUGGACGAGCGGCUCAGAGGCCUCCUGAGCGCGCAGGGCGGCGAGCACAAGCUCAAAGUGUCCGGCGACGUGAUCAAGCGGCUGGAGGACCGCGUGAAGAAGCUCCUGCUGCGCAAUGAGCAGCUGGCCGGGCUGGUGCGCAGCGCCGGCCUCAAAAUCCCGCAGGACUUCCGCAAGCGGGUGCGCAAAGCGCCCAAGUACGCCAACGCGCUGUCCAAGGAGCAGCAGGCCAGCGCCAUCGAGAAGGAGCUGGACAAGGCCAACCAGCAGAAGGGCGGCAAGCGGAAAAAGCCGCGCCCGAAACGCGCCAGAACCAAGAAGAAGCAGCUGAAUUGCGUGCUGCUGAUGUCGCAACCGUCCAGCUCCUGCCUGAUUCUGUCGAAGGAGCCCAGCAAGGAGCCCCAGCCCCAGCUGCGCGUGGUGGGCACCAUGGUGCCAGUGCCGCCCCUUUUCGCGCAGCCGCUGAUCGUGGUGUCUUCGAAGGGCGGGCCGAGGGCCGCCAACCCCGCCAUCACCUGCCUGCCGGUGCUGCGCCCCAGCACCACGCAGGCCAACAAGGUGCCGAUCCCCGCCCUCGGCCCCAAGUACGCCCGCAAAAGGGCGGCCGCCCCCAAAGCGGACAAGCCCAAGCGCCCCAAGGCGGCGCCCCCGAAGGUCGCCGGUCCAGAGCCCGACAAGCCGGAGGCGCCCAGGGCGAGGGAAGCGAGCCCCCCGCGGCCGCCCACUCCGCCCCCUCUGGAGCCGAAGGCGCCCAAGGCCCUGGAGCUGGAGAUGAAUCUGCCGCAAACUGAGCUCUCCAACGACAUUUUCGCCUCCUUCCAGGUGCCGCCCGGCUGCCAGAACGCCGAGUCCACGUCGCCCACGGCCGCCUUCCUGCUGGCGUUCCCGCUGGUCUCCUCGGGGGCGAAGGCCGCCCUGGAGGAGGCGACCGAGAGCCAAGCGGGCACGCCCAAUCUGCUCCAGAUCGGCGCCCUGGACAUGGCCAAACCCGCGCAGUCCUUCGCCGGCAGCCUCACGCCGCCCAAUCUGUUCGACGGCUUCGCCUUUUUCAACGGCAACAAGGAGUACAGCUGCGCCCUGGAGCCGCCCCCCCCAGCCUCUGCUGCGGCCAAGCGCAAGGGCGACCCCAAGGAGGGCAAGUUCCCGGAGGGCGACCUGCAGAAGUUCAACUGCCCGCCCAGCUUCAAGGGCGGCAGCAAUGCGCAGCUGUGGGAGGGCGACGUGUUCGGGGAGAGCUGCGGCUCGUACGGCGCCAGCUGCAAGCAGAGCAAAGGGGCGACCAAGCCCAGCAUCAACUGGAUGGUAUGCGAAGAGGAAGGCGAAGAAGCGGCCGCCCACCACAGAGGGCCCGCAGAAUGUGCUGCCCUCGUUCGACAUGCACUUCUUCUCCAUGCCGGGGGCGGUCAACUCGCCGAUUCUGCCCGACGACUUCCACACCACCUACUUGCCGCCCACCACGCUCUACUCGUGCAAGACGCCCCUCUACUCCAAGGCCGGCAGUGAGGGCGGCUUUAUGCCGCCCUCGGUGGCCCCGCAGGGCAACGCGCUCACCAACUUCAAUCUGAGCACCAUUUUCCCCGAAAUUAACAAGGGCCCUGGACACGACGGAUUUGGGGACACGCGAGCCAAGGGCUUCCAGGGGCCGUUCAUUUGAGCCCCAGGGCGCUGUUGACCCUCAACUAGCCGAUAUCUGCGGAUGCGCCUAAAAGGCGCAUCCGCCACCCGAUCCAGAGCAAGUUCCCUUGUAUAAUAAAACCGGUUAUUUUUGCUAG